AUUCACCACCUACGUAGAAGUUAGAACGGGGUAGUUUGGGAGCAAGGAAAGAUUUCCUUCUUUUUUAAUAGUGUUAUUAUUAGUAGUAUUUCAUGGGAUCCUUCUUUCAUUUCUCCACACAAGCAAAACCCUGCUAAGCUGCCCGUUUUAGCGCCUCAAAACCCCCACAGGCCACCAUCGGCCGGAGUUAAAUUCAACACACAACCAACCGCGAUCAUAUCAUCGCUCGCCAGUUCCAAAAAGUAUCGAGACAGGAGAUAGAUAACUAAGGAAGAGAACAUACAUACCUAAUAACAAUGAUUCUCCUCCUCCCCCUCAUCACCUUCAUCUUGGGCCUUUUAACAGCACCCGUCCUCAUUCCCUUGCUGGCAGGAAUAUCGGCAAAGCUAGCCUCUCUCUGUUUGAGCACGAGCAGGAGAGUCGUCAAGGAGGACGAUGAUGAUCAAGUAAAAGAGGAGCAUGGCCUCUACAGUCUGGACCAUGGGGUGCUGAAUUUGCCCAGCCUGAUGCCAGAGGAGAUGUGGAUGAACAUGGGAUAUUGGAAGAACACGAAUUCUUUCCCAGGCGCCUGUCGCGCAUUGUUGGAUAAGAUCCUGCAAACAGCAGGUUUUGACGAUGGGGAUUCGACAAACGUUGCUGUCAACGCUGACAGUCUGGUUGCCAGUGCCACUGGUGUGGACUACCCGUCGCGCACAAAUAGUCGGCCCACGCAUACAUCCCAAAGAAGGGAGCGGAACACCGAUAAAAAGACGGCAACAAGCGGAGUAAGGAGGGUUAUACUAGAUGUUGGAUUUGGGUGUGGUGAACAGACUUUGUAUCUGAUGAGGGAAAAAGCGGCCGUUCGCAAGGCACAUGGUGGUUCUGGGGAAGCGGCUGGGUUAAUUUCCCAUGAUGAGAAUGAUGAGAAGGAUGAUGUAGAAACCACGCCGUUAUUUCAGCACUACAUCGGUAUCACCCUCGAGAAGAUGCAAUGUGCAUUUGCACAGUCCAGGGUAGCGGAAGCUGCAAGGAACUGCAAUACCUCUGCGGAUAAAGACAGUGGCUCCUCGCAGGAUUGGGGCAAAAGAAGGAAGCAGCCGAUAGGCGGGGUUGUCGAACUCUUCUGCGGAGAUGCAGCGAAACCACAUGCAUGGUCGGAGGAAAUUCAGCGAUCUAUCUCGACUGCGUUUAGAAAAGGCGAGUAUGCCGAGGAGGGGGGGGGAGAUGAUGGGGGAGAAAAGCCAGCUGAAGAGCGCUAUGUCCUUGGCCUCGAUGCGUUAUACCAUUUCAAUCCCUCAAGACAGGAGCUAUUCGAAUAUUCAUAUUCCACCCUCCAAGCAACCAUACUCGCAUUUGACCUCUUUCUGCCGCCAAAGUCGCACUCCUCAUCACCACUCGAAACAGUUAAAAGGAGCUUAAAUACGUUCGCCCUCCGGUGCCUAACACCGGCCCUGUCUGCUCCAUUUUCAAAUUUCGUAACCAUAGCCGAAUAUAAACGCCUGGUAGAAAAGGCUGGCUAUGGGCCUGAACACAUCACGAUAGAAGAUAUUACGGAAGAUGUAUUUCCCGGGCUCGCGCAGUUUUUUGAAAAGAGAAUACAGGAGAUGAGCGCACUGGGCCUGAAAGGCUUCACCAAGUGGAGGGUUUCUGGAUGGCUGUUUCGUUGGCUUGCCGGUGGACAGGUGCUUAGGGCGGGUGUUGUUGUUGCGAAAUGGAAAGGUAGCCCAGCCGCCUAGGAACCGUAUGAGUACGGAUGAUAGCCCUGGUCUCCGAACCCAGAAUCUGAGGUAUCAAAGUUGCUGAGUGGGGAAGAUUCUCCUAUGGGUGCUUGUGGAUAUGGGAGAUUCAGGUCGCCGGUAUUAAUUUCGGGAGGGAAAAGUUUAUCCCACUCAUUCUAUAGAAGAAAGAAAAAAUACUGUUAGCAAUUCCACGUUUCAUGGGAGGUGGUCUGAGGAAAUUGAGGUCACAGGUUCAGAUAUCGGAGAGGAUCAGGAUCAGGGCGAAACAUGAGAAGGGAAUUAUCAAAUUGGAGAACUGAACCAAUGACGGUGCAAUAUAGAAGCACCAAGUCAAACUUACCCAGUCAAUAUCUAGCAUUGGCAAAUCCUCCUGAGUACCACCCUUGGUGAAACCUUGACCACCAGCCAUCGCCAUUCCACCAACAGGGGGUGGCGGAGGAGCCAAUCCGGCGCUUCCAGACGCAGCGCCGGGAAGGAACCACAACCUUGACGAGCCAGAAUCUUCGGAAGUGGCCUCUGAGUCGAGACUCUGGCCCCGGGCGAGGCGUUGAGCAUAAUCAGGCAUACAGUGGGGAUUAUGGAGUGACUGCAGCGGUCCAUAAAAGAACUGGCCAGAUUGAGCUUGCGAAGGUGUUUCUGAAUAGGCUGGGAGAUGGUGGAACUGAGGUGGUGGCGAUGUCUUCUGCUGCUGUUGCUGCUGUUGCUGCUGUUGCUGCGGCAGCGGCAGUGGCGGCUGCCACUGUGACAUUGACGUGGGUGGGUUACGCAUGUUUGGUUGCUGGUAUGGCUCACUUCUCUGCGGAUAAGCUGUCAUUGGUAGAGCAUGUGAUUGGGAGGGUGGGAAUAGCGUUUGGUUAGUGAUAGGCGCAGUUUGAGGGCCGCCAAGGGUUGAAGUGAUAGAGAUAUACUGCCCUUCAUGUCUCGGUGGCUGACUAGAUUUAGAUGUUUUCACUCCUUCUAGCCUCCGAACACUAGGCCUUGCAUGGAGAUUCGACGCUUCCUGCGUACCCUGCAUGCUGACAGGAAUUCUAAGUUUUCUUCUCUCGCGAUAAUGAACCAUUCUCUGCUGUAAUUGGCCUAGGAUCUCGCGGGCUUUUCGAUCCCGAUGCACCAAGAGUUUAUGUCUGUUGUUCGCUGAGUACUUCUCUUGUCCAGGUUCGUAGGGGGAAGGUGUCGUCUCAAAAGCAUAGUACAAACAUCGCCAGAUGCGAUCGGAUUCCUUGCGCAGCGGAUGUUGGUGAACUUCUACGAGGAGUAGGAAGGCAGUGUGCCAUUGGUUGAAUGCGCCUAGAGACCAUGUCCACUUUGUGUAUUCUGAGUUUGUUUCGAGCUCAAUCGCAUCCUCCAGCUGUUGCGUACCACUUGUUAUUAUGAUUUGCCUUAGGCGAUCUGGAACAACCAGGUCCAUGCUGUUAUGGUAGCGAUGCAAUAAUGCGAUGUAUGAACGAUUGAGAUAAAACGACAGAAGAAGCUGAGCAGCCUUUUGUAUCGGUUUUGGAUUGGGAACUUGAAAUAGAGGGCAAAACUUCGCUGUUGCAGCCUGACGGAAUGCUUCAAUCUUCCCCAAUACAUGUGUCAAGCUUACUCCCUUCUUCUCUAUUCUGAGCCUGUCCACGUUAAUGAUCCGUUGCAACUCAUGACAUUCGAAACGGAUUCGUAUGUAGGUCAUAUCUGUCCAUUGAGAUUUGUCAGUAAGUGGUACGGGUGAUGGGACACAUAGGUCCUUCUCAUCGAUGUUUAGAGGGAACUUGGUGGAAAAGUUCUCUCUGCGGAUAGAAAGACGGGGCCCGUGUGAUUCGCUUGUCCGAAUAUCCAGAAAACAUAGAUGGUACCAGAUCAUCCUCCGAACGUGAGUCUCAAUGGGCCCAAGACCAUAUUCUUCUGGGUCACGGUGGAAUCCCAUACACUCAGCCAAACGAAUGGCAGUCCCUACAAGAACCGAAUGGGCACGCGAGACUUCUGCUCGACACAUGGGAAUCUAGAAACAUAAUCUCAAAUCAACACCAACAAAAUAUCGGACGGUCGAGGGAGAGACAUGAAAGUAAAAAUAAUAAACAUAAAAAAGACAAAAGGCAUACCAUAUACAUCACCAAAGCCUGGAGCGUCUGGGUUUUGGUGGUCUUCAAGAAGUUCGCUUUCCCCAGAGCCAUUGCUGUUGCUAACUGGAAGUUUUCUAUGAGUUUCUUUUGCGUGACCCCAAAG